AUGGUCUGGCUAGAGGAUGGCGACGCGGCUUAUCUUCCGCCGCCCGCACAACUCUUCCCUAUGAUCAGAGAUGGCGCCCCAACUUCAGUGUUAGUCCGUCCAACUGUCGGCUUCCGAGUGACGCACGAGUACACAUCGCCGAGCCUCAACCGCGAAUUCUUUCCUGGCAUGCAAGGCCGGGUCCUUCUUGUCGAGGAAGACAGCGCCUACGUGGAAUGCCGAGACCUUUUCCAAACCGACAAAACAUUCCUCAAGGAUUGGAUCAGCCUGAAGGCCAUCAAGAUGGGCACCAAGCUUUACGGCACCUGGGAGAUCGACACUUGUAACAUCCCAAGGACGAUUUCGAAACUCACGGCCAAUGAGGCCGGUGCUCUCAGGAGCAGCAAGUACCAACAUCUCGCAUUGGGAAUCAGCACGUUCCUCAAGGUUUUGGUAGAUACACACCCGGGAUCCCUCACGGACGACAGUUUUGCGAAGCUCGGCAAGGCAGGUAGCAACAUCCCGUACCUUACGGCCAACGUCAUCAUCGGCAUCGAACGGGCGGGUCUUGCCAACAUCCUAAACAAACCGGACUUCACUGUUCAAGACCUUGUGUCAAAGGCUACUCUGAAUUGCUCCAAAGUCGAGGAGGCUCAUCAAUCUGGCUUCUACUUCCGUUGCUACAUUACGACUCCUAAACCCAACCAAAAUGCCUGCUCGCUGUACGUCGGUCAGUCUCAUGAUCUGUAUAACCGAUACCACGGCUGGAAGCAGGGUGGGCAUGAAGAGUUGAUUGAGAAGUCACAUUCGAUCGAAAUGCGUGCAUUGUGUCUAGUCGACCCAUCGUUCUACCAGGACAACAAGUACAUCAUUGAACAGCUUUUCACUUCGCUUCUUCAGACCUACAAAGAAGCUCUCACUGGCGUUGCCGGGCAACUCAACGAAGACCAAAUCAAUUUUCACAAGAAGAAUCACUCUGAGAUGGACAAGGUUGCCAAAGCUGCUGCUAAGCUGAGCAAAUGGACUGGUGCCGUACAAAGAGACAGUUUCUGGAAGGCUUCCUUUGCUACUUGCGCAGGCCUAAACUACCAGUCUCCGAUCUCGGAAGCGCCGACCCACGAACCGUCUGUCUGGCUUAGACAGGAUGGGUGGAUGCCGAACGUAGACGAUCCAACCGAAUCGAUCAAGAUUGCUAACUUCACGCGCGAAGUGCCUAAGAAGAUGACAGUACUCAUACCUGGAAAGACAUCUGCCUCGCAAGACAAAUCCUUCAUCAUUUUUGCACUGGUUUCUGAUGUCAACAAAGACUACCGGUUCAGGAUCAAUCGUACGCUUCCGGGAGGGCCUUCCUCUGACGGUGUUGAAUGGCCAGCUGAAGGCUCAUUCUUCAAUGUUACGUUUGAAGUUCGUUUGGACUGGAAGCCUCAUCCCUUUUCAUGGGCUCGUCUUCCACUUGUUGGUCCAUUUCAAGAUUGGGAUCGAGCUAAUAGUUGGGCUAUCUCGAUCAACUGGGAAGACGCAGGCGGAAACCAUCGAUCCAAAUACCUUCAUUGCGAGCGACCUCUGAAGAUGGUCCACAGUGAUGAGCCUGGUAGUUUCACACCGUACGCGAAUGGCAUUGAGGUCAUUCACUGGCUGUUCAACGAGAGAAUACCAGCCGAUCAACAACACUCCUGGCUCCGGACACCCCCUAUGGCUGCGGUGAAAGUGGUCAAGUACGAUCACGUGGACCAAAUGAUUACUUUCGAAGCUGGUACAGGAGUUACGACCUCCGCGCCGAUACCUAAUAACCGCUUGGAUCCGGACGACAUUGAGAAUCAACUGAAGGGACUCGGCGUGCAUGGAGACUUUCAGCUCCGGAAUGUAGGACUCAGCCAGGCCGAAUCUCGCGCAUCCAUCACGCGGUUUGGUGGACAGAAGCUCGGUACCAGGAACAAAUGCGACUCUUGCAUGUUCUUGAAUCUCAACACAGGCCUUAACGGUAGUAACAAGUGUGAGGUCAAAUCUGGCAAAGUCUGCGAGAACUGCCGUGUCCUGUAUGGUCGUCCCGUCUGCUCCUGGACUCCCGGAAUCCCAGCUGUUUACCACCCUUCCCAACCAACAGGCCUCGGCAACUCAUUCAAGCAGCUUGAGGCCCAGGGUGACGCAACGAAUGCCCUCCGUCGCAAGGCUUUGAAUGGACUUCCGGGCUGGACGGGUGACGGCACUAAUGAUGGGAUGGUCUCCGCAGAUCCGGCCAUAGUGGAGAUUGAUCAAGGCAAUGAGGUGGAGGAUAUGGAAGAGUGGGAUUUGGAGAAUGCAUUGAUUGCAGCGGGUGAACAGUGGGAGGUCUGGGGAGGGGCUUGA